AUGGAUUCCCCUCAGGUCAAAGAGGAGGUAUUCAGGCGUUCCUUCUUUGCACAGGUGCCGUCAGAGGAGUUCCAAUACCACAAGGAGGCCCUUAUUAGUAAUGAAUCUGUUGUGCAGAUGCUGGCAGAACGGUGUCGCACACUGGAGCAGGCCAAUAAGAAAUUACAGUCUGAGGCGCGGGCACAACAGCAGCAGUAUGAAGUGUGUUUAGAUCGCGUUGCAACACAGGUCGUCCAAGCUCUCCUCUCGCAGAAGUCACACCAAGAGCAGUGUGUUAAAUUGGCCAACCAGGUCCAGGCCCUCAGACGGCAGAAUGCAGCCCUCUCCUCAUUGGUUGGCCACGGGUCCUCCCCACAGACCCUGCCCUGCUCCUACCGGCAUGGCUGUGGGCCCCAUGCAGACCCCCCUACCUUCCUCAGUCUCCCUACAUCAUUCACAAAGAACAGACAGCCUGAGCAGUGGCCGCCUGGUGGAUGGGUAGCCUCUUGGCACGUGGAAGAGAGCAGCAGAAGUCAUCUGAGUGACAAUGCCUCCUCCCAGAAUCGCUUCCAUUCGAGCUUACAGUUACUCUCUGAGACUAGUCUCCAGCCUAGGCUCUCCCUCUCGGACCAUAACACCACUUCAAGCAGUGCACAAAUGGGUGAGGACUGCUACACCCCUCAGGAAAGAACAUCCUGUACCUCAGCUGCCAAUUCCUCUACUAAUACUGCAACAACAACGUGUUGGUAUGACAUCAUAACUUCUUUGAGCUUAACAACAACUUCUCAGACAGCAGCUGUCAGGAGUGCUCAGGGUCACACAGCCACUGCAAGAUCUCAUGAUACCAACAACAUAUGGCAUCAACAAGACCCCUUGCUUAGCAGCACUGGGAGAAACAGCAGCAGCAGUAGCAGCAGUAGCACAGACUGUCCCCUCCAGGCCCACUACCACCAGAAAUCAGGUGGGCACCAGACCAACAUAGCGGAUUCCCCUGGUGGGUCUGGGAACCUGGAGGACAUGGGUACCUCUCUAGCACCCAGAGGAGAAAGUGGCAUGCAAAAGUUUUCUCCUUUGUCACUGGAAUCGGCAGUCACUAGCACAAGCAGUUCCCCAGAGCAGAAGAACUGUCAUGUGUCUCAGUCAACAAUGGACAACCUUGACUUGAAGGACUCAAAGGUGAAAGUUCUUGAAAAUAAGGAAAUAUUAAAUCAUACCUCAAGUGAAAUCAAUGCAAACCUCCUUGUUAAUAAUGUAAGUAAAGAUGAAAUUAGCAACAUACUUCAAGUGAAAGGGGAAUUAUUAAAGACGUUAACAGAGGCAACCAAUAAACAGUAUCCAAUUGAUUUAGCAGUAUUCACAUGUGAGGACAAAAGCAAGGGUGCAUUAAAUAAGAACUUGGCCAAAGUUAGUUCUAAGGUUAGUAAUAGUGAAAGGACCAAUAGUAAUGAUGGCAGCACAGCAGAGGAAGGUGCAGAAGUAACCACCAAGGACGAGGGUUACUCCACCAUGUCCAGUGACGUUCAGGCAGAGGUUAAGGAAAGUGUAACUAUUAGUUCUGUGACAACUGUGCAAGAAGAACCUCUGAC